AGAAAUUUUUCUGUUACUCAAGAGGGAAUGGUGAAGGCAAGCGAAUGGUUGAGGAAAUCAGUCGCUUAAUUUUUUUUUUAUAUAUAUAUAAAGUGUUAUUUAUUCCUACUUUUAUUUCUUUUUUUUCUGGUAAGAGCAUAUAUAAUUUAUAUGCAAAAAAAUAUAAUUUUUUUUUUCUAAAAAAUGAUUUUGCUUUGGGCAAG